UUGAGUCGAGGAGGAAAAAAGAAAGAAAAGGGUUUCUUUCUUGGUCCAAUCCUUUUCACACUGUGGAGGAUGUCUUCAUUUUUCAAUUCUUUCUUUCAUUCACCCCUUCUUCUUUAACCAUUUCAUCAUCUGCAUACCACUUCACUUCGCUUUCUACAAAUAAACCAUAGCAACAAUACAAUCUAAGUAAAAAGAAAAAAAAGUAUCCACUCCUCUGUACUUUCUUCCUGUUGAUUUGAUGGAUCCACGGAUCUAAUGAUUUCACACUAUUCUCUUCACUUCUCUCUUCUUUCCCGAUCAUUAUAUUCUUCAUCCGGGCCAUCAUCCAUUAUCUUCCAGUCAAUAGUCAAUAGUCAAUACUCAAAUUGUCGUUUUGUAGUGGAUCAUCAUCAUUGCGGUGACUGGUGAGGACUGCAGCAGGACUCUAUCUAUACAGUGAAUGAAAAUUCUGGGGGGUGAACUCGUUUUUGGGGUAGUUGAUAGAUGUGGAAAUCUUUGACGGUUGUUUGGUGAGAUGAGGGAUGUUAUCGGAGUUGAUGAACACUUUUAGGUCCUGCUUUUGGCCGGGUUCGGGUGGAUAUGCAGGCACAGGUUCAGAUGCUGUAGGUAGACAGGAUGGACUAUUAUGGUACAAAGACUUGGGGCAGCACCUGAAUGGUGAAUUUUCGAUGGCUGUAGUUCAAGCCAAUAACUUGCUUGAGGAUCAGAGCCAGAUUGAAUCAGGGAGUUUGAGCUCCAAUGAGUCUGGCCCUUUUGGUACCUUUGUUGGUAUCUAUGAUGGGCAUGGAGGGCCUGAGACAUCGCGGUUUAUCAAUGAUCACUUAUUUCACCAUCUCAAGAGAUUUACUUCAGAGCAACAAUCAAUGUCGAUGGAUGUAAUUCGCAAGGCAUUCCAAGCAACAGAAGAGGGGUUUACGUCAUUGGUUGCUAGACAGUGGCUAAUGAAACCACAAAUUGCUGCUGUUGGAUCAUGCUGUCUUGUUUGUGUUAUUUGUAAUGGAACCCUUUUUGUAGCGAAUCUUGGUGAUUCCAGGGCUGUUCUGGGAAGAGUAGUCAAGGCAACUGGCGAGGUUUUAGCCAUGCAAUUAUCAACAGAGCACAAUGCAUCAAUAGAGUCUAUAAGACAGGAGCUGCAUUCUUUGCACCCUGAUGAUUCAAAUAUUGUUGUUUUAAAGCAUAAUGUAUGGCGUGUGAAGGGCCUUAUUCAAGUUUCAAGAUCUAUUGGUGAUGUAUAUUUGAAAAAGGCCGAGUUCAAUAGGGAACCACUAUAUGUUAAGUUUCGACUUCGUGAGCCAAUGAAGAGGCCAAUACUGAGCUCAGAGCCAUCGAUAUCGGUGCAUCAGUUGCAGCCACAUGAUCAAUUUAUUAUAUUCGCUUCUGAUGGGCUCUGGGAGCACCUUAGCAAUCAAGAAGCAGUUGAUAUAGUUCAAAAUAGUCCCCGAAGUGGAAGUGCAAGGAGGCUGGUGAAAACUGCACUUCAAGAAGCAGCAAAGAAGAGAGAAAUGAGAUAUUCAGAUUUAAAGAAAAUUGACCGUGGAGUUCGUCGACAUUUCCAUGAUGAUAUUACUGUGAUUGUUGUGUAUCUUGACUCAAAUCUCAUAAGUAGGUCAAGCACUAUUAAAUUCCCUAGUAUUUCUGUUAGAGGGGGCGGUAUUAACCUGCGUACUAACACGCUGGCACCUUGUACGACACCAACAGAUAUUGGUGGUACCUGAUCUAAGUUGUAUCUCAUCUUUCUUUUUUUUCUUUGUUGUAUUAUUUGCUUGUGUGAAUACCAGUUAUCUUCAAAUAGCAAUGAGAGGAGCAGCCCUUCAAUUCUUUGAAUGUGAACUGUAACUU